UUGCAGAAACGUUAUCGUAAGGCAAGUCGUAAAUCUAGCAGUCACGAGGACGAAGAACCCUCAGAUGAGCUCCUUUACUGCAUAUGUAGAUCUUCUCGUGGUGACGGCUUUAUGAUUGCUUGCGAUAAUUGCGAAGAGUGGUUUCAUGGCGAAUGUGUAAAUAUUACAGCUAAGCAGUCGGAUUCCAUAAAGUCAUAUUACUGUCAAGCUUGUAGAGAUGAGAAUCCUGCAUUGCGGGUUAUUUAUCGAAACGAGAAUGCUAGCAGUCGCAAAACUCCGGGGAGUCGUCAAAAACCUACCGAAGUUCCCAGCAAUGUAAUCGAUGAAAUUGGCAAUCAUCACGACAGAUUUAAUACUAUUCCAUCGCGCAAAAGAAAUCGAAAAACCGCCCAACUCCCCCUAUCAAAGUCUCGUCGCGCCACCGAGGCAUCAGCCAAUCAAUUUGCAGAUUUCUCUGAUGGUGAAUUUGAAAUGGAUCAAUCACAGAUCGCUUCACCGUCUUCGAGUUAUUCUCAAUCUCAUCCUGGUCCUUAUCCUUCUCGUUCGAGAUAUGAACGCGCUACUCCUUCGAACUUGGAUAGUAUUGACCAUGUCGAUUUUCAUCAUUCCCAACAGAUACGCCGACUCCCUUUCACUCGCAAUGCUCGUUAUUCAGCGCCAUGUGGUGAAUGCGAGAGUUGUAAAACGAGGGGAAAUUGCGGUUCAUGUGAUGUCUGCAGAAGUCCCAAAUUCAAGCAGGGUCGAAGUCGGCAAUAUUGUAUAACAAGGAUGAAAAUGUGCCAAGCAAAUGGCAUUGAAUAUGCCCAGUCAUUGCGAAACUCCUCUCCUAGGGGUAGAUUAGGACCUCCCUGUGGAGAAUGUGGAAGUUGUAAGACUAAGAGCAACUGCGGUACCUGUGAAUUCUGCCGAAAUCCACGCGCGAAGCAGACGCGAAAUCGUCAAUUCUGUUUGUACAAAGCGAAAAUGUGUGUGACGAAUUGUGCCACAAGUCCAACAAGACAGUCAAGUAGAUAUCCCUCUGCCUGCCAUGAUGAUCUACAUGAUAUUGAAUUCGAUCCUACUUUUGAUGAGGAUUUUGGUCAAUCUCGCUACCUUUCCACAACACGGAAAGUACAAGGUGUUGUGGGAAGUAAAAUGCGACGCGGUGAUCAUUUACCAGGAGGAAGAUAUUCUAAUGAUCUCUCCUCCGUUUAUCCCUCAAGACGCACUGGCGCCGCCCAACAUCCGGACUUCUUUAUUGACAACGAUUUUCCCGAUGCUUUUGGUAUUUCACCAUCUACUUAUCGGAAUGGUUCUUCACGUUAUACUGGUCCGCAAGGUGAACUUGAACCCAGAAUAUUGCGUGCUGGACGGGGAGUCGUUGAUGCAUCUGCUGAUGCUCUCAGGUCAAUCGAAGGAGCUUUCGACUCAGAUGAAGAUGUUGUUCUACCCGAAAUGAAUGCCUGUGCAGGUCCUGCUUGUUCUAAACCUGCUCUUCAUGGCAAGUAUUGUUCUCAGGACUGCCGGUUACGCCAUGAAAGUGACAAUAUGAAUCGGACUCAUCCACGGUAUUCCAAUGCUUCAUCGAAAGAUCAAGUUGUGACCCCAUAUGGAUUACCAUACAUGGAUCACAUUUACUGUCGACAUCAUCGUAUGCUUGGCGCACAACAGCAACAACAGGUUUUUAACACUGAUAUACAAAUGGGUCUACAGCAGCAGGACAUCUACCCAGACGUCUAUACAAACUUUGGUGGCAAUCAGUCUGGUGUUAUAGAUUAUACCUACGACCCCUUAGCUGUCUCCACCCAGCCUGGUUAUAACCGCCGAAUGCCCGUAUCUGAUGAUUUCUUAUCUCUUGGUAACCACCACAUUCUUCACAGCAGGGGUGGUGGUUCUGUUGUGAGCCAUUCACGCAAAUUUACCGGUGCACAAUCCUCCCUUGUCGGUGGGAGUAGGAUGAUUACUCUUUCUGGGCGAAGGCAGAUUCGUUCUGGUGGCAGUGGUGUUGUUACUAGUGCAGAUGUCCUUUCUCCUCCCGUACCCCUAGACUCAAUCACUCCCACUAUGCAAUCUCUUCGUCUGUACAAUGGUCAUCCCGCAAUAGAGUUCCCUUCCGGAGAUACAGAGAGUGCAGCUGCCGCGGAGAUUUUGACCGCUGCAGAAGCAGGCGAUUUGAUGGGAGGCGUUGUUGAUGGGAGUUCACCUUCUGGUGUCGGUGGUAAUGGUGUGGAUGGCGCUAUUGCGUCAUCUACCUCGACUGCUGCUACUGUUGGUGCUGUUCCAGCUUUCAGACAAGGCGAGGAGUACUAUAUGAUGAACGAAAAUGAGAAUAUUGAAAUUAAUUGGCCAUCCUCUCCCAGUGGUGCUCCUACUGCAUCUGCGGGCACUUCCUAA